AUGAAAUACAGUCUUCAAUUAAACAUCUUAUUUAGCUCACUAUUUGCGCUUAUUUCAUUUACAUAAGCUGAGGAAGUUCUUAUUGCAGAAGAGUUUAAGGCUUACUAAUUUAGUUCCAACGAUGUUGUAGGAUGGAAUUAAAAGACAGUUAAAUUAUGCGAGCAAACUAGUUUCUAAGAUUUCAGUAAAGGAAAUAUGUUUGGUGUUUUUGCCAAAGAAACUCCAAACUUGUAAAAAAUAUAUCAAAACUUACCUCCUCAUUGGAGUCUUUCCGUUCGUGUAGAUGUGCUUUUGUAUAAAAGUGUUGAUAACGAAAAAGUUAAUGUAGUUUUAGAUGGUACAACUUACAAAACUUAUUAAAAAGACAAAUAUGAUGGUGUUAAAAUUUGCUUAGGGUCUACUUCAUACAAUGAUCAAUUAUAUUUCUUCUAAAAAAACAUUACUCACACUAAUUCAUAAUUGAACCUUCAGUUUACUUCUAAUUUCGAUUAGGACAAUAGUGAUGAAGGUUUUGGUAUCAAAAAUUUGUCUGUUAGAGUCGAUACUUGCCAUCCCUCAUGCGCUACUUGCUCAGGUCCUAGCUAGAACCAAUGCCAAAGCUGCCCUAAUAAAGGAACCUUAUAAAAUGGAGCUUGUACUUGCCCUUCAAUGGGAAUUGCUCAUAAUUACUAGUGCCUAAAUUAGUGCCCUUAAGGAUUCUAACCUGAUUCUACUAAUUCAUUCUGCGUAGAAACUUUUUGUAAUCCUUCCAAAUGUUCUAAGUGUGAUAGCAAUGGCUAAUCCUGCAGUUAAUGUGCUAAUGGAUAUUAUCAGUUCAGAAAAGGUUGCGUUUAAUAGUGCCCUUCAUUCGCUCCUUAGUAAGGUUAAACUUGCUAAGAUCCUUCAAAAUCUACUCCAAAUGGUGAUUAUCUCUUAAUUGGUUUGAAUUCUAAUAACUUUGGUGAAUCAGAAAUCGCUGCUCUUGGUCUUCAACUUUCUAACUUCAACUAAGCUACUUUUGGAAAUUGUGGUAGUGUUUAAUUGUUAGGAGGUCCAUUUAUUGGAGGCAAAGGUUCUUAAAUCUUAAAAACUUUCCAAAAUAUCAAGCCCCAUUUCUAAGUUAGAUUUGGUUUCCAAUACUACUAAAUUGAUUCAUGGGAUAGUGAAGGUUUCAAAGUUUAUGUUGAUACUAACCAGAUAGAUGAAAUAAAACAAGAUUAAGCUGGUGGUAAAGAUAAUCUUUGUGGUUCUAAUUCUUGGAAAGAUAAUUUUUACAGCUACUCUAAGUCAAUUUAACACAAUAGCCAAUCAUUAGAAAUUAAAUUGAAUGCAACAUUUGAUGAAGACUAUUUUAAUGAAUCAUUUGGCAUUAGAGAGUUAUUCGUCAUUGUAGAUUAUUGCCCUCCAGGUUGCGCAUCUUGCGAUUCGAACUAAUGUUUCAAAUGCUUUGAUGGAUAUUAAAAAUCAGGUACAAAAUGUGUUAACACUUGUGCUGAUGAUGAAUUUAGUUUAAAUAAGGUAUGCAAUAAAUGUGAUAGCACUUGCAAGUCAUGCAAAGACACUGCAUAAUUUUGCACCAGCUGUAACAGUGGAAGAUAUUUAUAUCAAAAUCAAUGCUUAGAAAAGUGUCCUGAUAACUACUUUAACAACUCUUUGAAUAAUAUGUGUUCUUAAUGCUCUAUCGGAGAUUGCCCACUCUGUUUACCUCCAGGAUAUUCUUCAUCUUGCAAGAAUUGCUCAGGACUCAAAAUUAUUUCCAAUAAAUGCCCUAAAUGA